AUGGCGGACGACAUCACCAAGUUUGACAUCGCUAAUUUUAACCAUUUUGGGAUCCUCGCCAGAGUGCUACCUGGCGGACACGAGACACCCCACAACGACUGGAGGGGCCUCAAGAGUACCCUGUCGGGCUCGGGAACACGGCCCCGCACCAUCCAAGAUGAGCUUCUCCAUAAGAUGCAUCUACACUUUGUCCCUGACUUCCACUACAUGUUUGUUGGCAUGAUUAGCCUAAUGGCAGAUGACAUCACCAAGUUCAACAUCGCUGAUCUUACCCACUUCCGGAUCCUUGGCAAUUUCUUCGGCUACUCCACCUGUAGUUCCGCCUAA